AAAACAAUGGGAAUUUGUGAACUGUCCCUUAAGCCAGGAAUGGGAUUUGCUUGCUAGUGGAAUCCAGCUGUGAGUCAGAUAUUUAGAUUUGGAAGAGGAGCAAGGACAAGGAGAAGGGAGAAAACUGAUGGGUCAGAAAUAGAGCUGAACAAGGCAACCUCUUUCAAAGGGAAGAGUGUCUCUGUGGUGAAAGAAUCCCCUUGUGUCUGCAGCAGUCAAGGGAGAAGGUCUUCAAGGAACUAUGGGGAGCAAGAAAAAGAUCAGUGUUCCAGCAAAGUUAAUCAAUGGAGGUGUGGCCGGGCUAGUGGGAGUGAGCUGCGUCUUCCCAAUUGAUUUGGCGAAAACACGUCUUCAAAACCAGCAGGGACAAGGAGUCUAUACUGGAAUGCGGGAUUGCUUGGUGAAGACUCUGCGUUCAGAGGGAUUCUUCGGCAUGUACCGAGGGGCUGCGGUGAACCUGACACUGGUCACGCCAGAGAAAGCAAUCAAGCUGGCAGCCAAUGACUUUUUUCGACAGCUGCUGUCACAGGACAGGAAGGAGUUGACGCUGGUGAGGGAGAUGCUAGCUGGCUGUGGAGCUGGGGCCUGCCAAGUGGUGGUCACCUCCCCCAUGGAGAUGCUGAAAAUUCAGCUUCAAGAUGCUGGACGACUGGCUAUUCAUCAGCAAAAGGUUUUGGGAACAGAUGGCCCACCGGCUCCCUUCUCCCAGCCCCCGCAGGACAGGCCUUACACCACUGGCACAGCCUCAGCAUUCAAGCGCCCCUCGGCCACUGUGAUCGCCAGAGAUCUUCUGAAAACCCAAGGGCUAGUGGGACUGUACAAGGGCCUGGGAGUCACCCUGCUCAGGGAUGUGCCUUUUUCCAUUAUCUAUUUCCCACUGUUUGCCAACAUCAACAAACUGGGACAGAGGCACUCUGAGGAGAAGGCACCCUUCUUCCAUUCAUUCGUGUCUGGCUGCGUGGCGGGUUCCGUGGCUGCAGUAGCAGUGACCCCACUGGAUGUUUUAAAAACCCGAAUUCAAACUCUCAAGAAAGGCCUGGGAGAGGACACCUACAAUGGAAUCACUGACUGCGCCAGGAAGAUCUGGACACAUGAGGGCCCUGCUGCCUUCAUGAAGGGGGCAGGCUGUCGGGCCCUGGUUAUAGCACCCCUCUUUGGCAUAGCCCAGGGUGUCUAUUUUAUUGGCAUUGGUGAAUAUAUCUUGGGAUAUUUCCACUAGAACUUGUUCUGGCUAAAUCAGGCCUAGCUGAAGAUCACACACAAGUUUACUCCCCACUGUUGCAGAACUGGAUUUGCCAGAAAUGGACAGGACCAUGUUGUAAUCAUUUCUCUUAUGGACAGCACCAUCACCUUCAGCUUUCUCUGCCCAUGAGCAGGGGCCAACACUGGCUGUCAGCUAUAUUAUGGCUUAAAUUUCCUGUUACUUUCAUACAUCCACUUGACGUUCUGCAUGCUACAGCUAGCCCCUGCACAUGUAAACACAGGGAAGAAUGAUCUAUGUAUCCUUACUUGUUUUUCCCAGGAUAGUAUAACACAAAAGUUUGUCCUUUGAAUGGCUGUGUGUAAGUAGAGAUUCAUUGUUUUCUUACAGAGGUGAUCUCAAGGAUUGUUUGAGGUCAGAGGGUCCUGUAUGAACCAAAGAGGCCUGGAUAGGACUUAGCUCCCUAAUGACCAGUUUGCCAUGUAUGAUCUGCAAUCUCUUGUCCAGUAUCCAUCUCGCUUUGUUUUUAAAUGCAUCACUGUUUGCUUUGCUUGACCACAGUGGCUCUUCCAUCAAAUAGUCAAAGGGGGUUCAAACUCACUUGUUCCAGCAGUGUCUGAAUGUAAACAGAUGAGGCACAGCAGUCAGAACACAAAGGUGUAAGUGCGAAACAGUUUUGUUCCUUCCAUGCAGAGUCAGAAUGCAGUGGGGGGAAGUGGAGGCGAGGGGAGAAGGCAGCAAAACUAGAAAGACUUAAGGCUUAUUUGUACAGUUACAAUUACACAGAAAUAAAGAUUAAUACAAACCAAAUGUCAAUUUUAUAGCAAAGCAUUAGGGAUUCAAAAACACUAUGUGCCAGCUGAAGGCAUCCAGCAGCUGGGUGUGUCAAAGCCACUUCUGGACUAGUUCUUGCAAAUCUCAAAACUGCAAUAAGCACGCUUACAAAAAUUGCUGAAGGUUAGUGUUCUGGUGCAGGGCCUGCAUGGGGGAACUGUACUAUAAUGGGAGCAUUUCCUUUGGAAAUGGAGGUAAAGGGCAAGAUAAAAAGAAAAGACACUGUCACCCUGGGUUAAGUAUUUUUCAGGAUUCAGCACUGGAGGAUUUUCAUUGUUUGAUCUGCAAUCUGAGUAGAGGAGUUAGGCUCAAAUCUUUUUUUACAUGCUUUGUAAAGCAAGAAAAUAACCUGUAGUUCUGCCUCUGAGCCUGUGAUAUGAAUGAUAACACUUUAUUUUAUAGCUGUAUCCCUGCAGCCUGCUAAGCAGCAUAUUCAUGAUGGUAUAAUAUGAAAGCCUUAUUACCACUGCAUGAAAAUAUGGAAGGUUGGCUGAGUUUCAUUUACAGGACUAAACAUAGGGUUAGGAGUCAGGAACUGUGUGUGCUAAGCAUAGCUGCGCAGUGACUUACAUUGUGGAACUGGGCAAGUAACCUUGGUAUAUUUCACUCCACAAUCUGUACCCUAGGGAUAAUACUUAACAUCUCAGGGAUAUUAACAGUGAGGGUUUUAUAAAGCAGGCCCUGCCAAGUACAUGGUGCAGGGACGAUUGCUGUAUUACUGUAAAUCAAAGCUGCACAAUGCUAGUAGGAGAGAGGGUAGUAGCAGCUGCUUUUCUAGCUACAUUAUUUGAGACCAGCCCACCUAAGUGCUGAAGCAUAGCUGCUUAAAGAGUAAAGUUUUUAAACUCCAACUGGGGAGGGAGGCAGGAGUACAUCUGGCAGAAGAGGCUGAUGCUUUUACAGCUAGUAAGCCGCCCUUAACACUGUCUCACUCUAAUUCUGUCCGUCCAAUGCCAGAAGGGAAGCUACUGCCUCACAUUUAGGAAGGGAAGGAAGGAGACUGGUCCUAGAUUCCCUUAGUCAGAAAAUUAGCUUAAAUGUUAAUAGUGCUAAUGUACUGACAGAACUUCUCCAUCAGUUCAACUUGCAGCCAGGACAAUGCUCUGAGACUCAGAUUUUUCUCUAUCUUCAGUGGAUCAAAAGCCAAUCAAAACCAAAUGUUAGUAGAUAGUUAUAUAUAUAUAUCUAUGCAACUUGCUCUUCCUGGCCAGAGCAGUGAUUCUCUGCACAUUACCUCUCUACUUCUUCUGGGAAAGAAAGUUCACACACUCUAGUCUAAUAAGCUUAGUUGUUUACUCCGUCCAAGCUCUAUUUAUAGAAUGUGGAGGCCGCCACAAACCAGCGAAUCCAGCUGAUUGAGUAGCAUUAGGGACAGUCUCCUCUCUGACUAGGAGUCAAUAUUUUAGCUUACUCGCUAAAUUGUGUAUUAUGGAUCCAGUACUAUGUUCAUAUGUAUUGUAAUGUUUCUAUCACCUAUUAAACUACUACAAAAAGCUGGUUCUCCAAUACAAAGUAUUUGCUGCUUACUGGUUAAGUGCACUGAUUACAUGAGCACUGUCUUAAAGGUACUUUUAAUUACUUCUGGGAGAAUUCUGUACCACCAUGUAGUGCAGAAUUUUGCAGAAAUUAAAGUUGUGUGCGCAGAAUUUCCUCCUCCUCUCCCCAGCCCCUGAAAUGGGCUGCAGAGAUGUUGGCUGUCACUAGGUGCCACUGGACUCAGCAGAGCCCAUCUCACAAAUAGGUUCCCAGCAGUUGCAGUGCCCUGAAGGAAGUGGUAUGCAAGAAACUCUGUGCGAGCCCAGCAUCAGCCUGUUUCUCCUUCUGGAUCCCUAGACUGUAGGAAGGUAGGGGAUGAGUGUGUCUAGCCUAGGGGAGGGGGAGCAGCAGCUGGACUCGGGUGUAUCUGAGUGUGUCUGGACUGGAGGGGUGGGCCUGCAUCUGGCCUCUAGGAGGUAAGUGGGUGGGGGGGGCCCUGCAGCUGAGCUCUGGGAGGUAGGGAAUGUAUUAACACUCUGCUCCUGGGGGAAUUUGUGUGUGUCUCUGUAUUGUUAUAGACAUACUUGCUGACAAGUAUUUUGA